AUGAUUCGCCUUGUAGGGGUUGUUCAAGUUCCUCUUGAUUGCCUUCAGAUCCUGGAGUUGGGGCAACGCAUAUAUGACCCAGACCGCUGUGAUUAUCUAGCUUCCGUCUUCGACGGCCACCGUAUCAGUCCUGAAAGGGUUAGUAACCAAAUUGAUGGCAUCAUCCUUGAACAGACCCUGCAGGAAAUACUUUUGACCCUGCGAAUUUCGGCCAAAAGACUCGAAAUCACUCUCACUCAUAGUCCGUAUCCUCAAAUAUUUGGCCACAACGUUUAUUAUCUUCAAGGUCGCCAUCGCCUCGAGGCAGCCAAAAAGUCGCGUGAUGCCCUUACAUGGGUCGUGCGACUGCACGUCACUGACAGCUGGCAAAACUUCAUCCACGAUGAAACAAGGUUCAUCAAGAGUCAAACCGACUGGUACAGUCAUGAGAGGGAAUGGUCAGACGGAGACAUUUAUAUCAAGCUGAGAGACUCUCAGAUACGCCGCGAUGAAAACACAGAAAGACAGUUCACCGUACGACUGGGGCCCAUGAAACGUAAGUCAAUGGCGGUCAUAGAGGCACGCCCGGAAAUCCAAAAUAUGCUGGAUAGAUUCACAGGUUUCCCCGGUUUACUACAAGGACUCAAACUUGGCAUGUGGUAUAAGUAUUGCCAGUGGCUUCAUUUGGAUCCCGAAGUGACGGCAUACAUGCAACGAAUCGCACGUGUGAGUGCUGAAAUGACAGACGGCGUAGGUGAAUUUGAGCGAUGCAUAGACGUCAAUACGAUUAGAACACUUGAGGGACGUUUAUCUUCGAGCGCUGUAGACCGAAAAGUCAUCCAGCGGGGUUUCAGUUCCGGUAGACUUUUCCCAAAGGUGAUUGACAAGUCCUGGCGAGAGAGGAUUGAGUACAACGUGCUCAAAAUACCCGUUCUCAUACCCAGCCUCAAGUCUUUCCAUGAAAACAUGAAAGUCUUAAGCACGGCAGCUCAAAUCGUGAAAACCCUUUUGCUACCGGACCACACACACGAGAAAGGGACAUUGCAGCAGCAGCUCCAGGAGUUUUGGAACCCAUCUGCUCGCCUUGUCGUAGAAAUCUCAGAAGGACAGUUUCGGUAUGGGAUGGGAUCCUCAUCUUUCGAAGUGGCCUACGUUCAUUUGAUGCUAGCGGCCAUUCGUCAGUUCCCAUCUCUGCAACAUACCGACAGCCCUCGGGUCAGCAGGGGCAGAGCGUAUGUGUCCCACGUCGACGCAGCGUGUCAAUCGCUUUUUUAUCGACGAGCUCACUUACUAGGCUUCCGAAACCACGUCGUUGCGCAAGGCUGUCGGAUGCGAACACAGCCUUUCGACUUUCCUAGAGGGGAAUUAUUACCAGACGAAGAAAUUCACUUUCUUUCAAAGGUAGACCGUCGUUGGGGCCGGCCGCACAUUGAGACCUUUCAACAAAUACAGCAAAUUCUUUUCCUGCCUCGUCUGAUUGAAAGCGAGGAUAGCAAUGAGAUAUCAAUCAUGCGCAUUCAGAAAGAUUUUGUCAAUGCUUUUUUCGGGUCUUAUUCAUUACAGUUAGAUGGUUCCACGCCGAUCAUAGACAUCAACACGGAAAAAGCAGCUGGAUGCCCAAAGUCGGUCUCAGCAAUGGGUCCCUUUGACUACCGGUCUCAAGUAAGUGGGGUAUACAGGCCCUGCGAUAAGGAGGACGUGUCAAUGUCAGGGACCGAUUAUGAGGAAGGUGCCGCAGAGGACGUCGUUAUGCAGGACUCACUUUCUGAGCAAUCGUCGUCUUCUGAUAUUUCAGAAAGGACGAUGAAAUUGAAAACGGAGAGCCGUCGAGACAUCAUGACGCUUGAUUUCAAUAAAGCCCCUCUACCGAGGAUUCGGGCCGCAAAUCGUCAAGCAAAAUCUAAACUAUCACCAAAUAUCCUGCCGUUUAGUGAUGCAUCAGAUACACAAACCCAUCGAGAUGCCGGACCUGGAGGACUUCAAGGCAUUGGAGAAGCGUUAGCCGCGCGAAAAACCGGUCGCUUAGAUACUUGCAUCUCUGAUCAUCCCAGCGUGAACUUCCUCCCCCAGGGUCCCCAACUUCAGCGAAUCUCAAGCACAAGCAUACCAUUCUCCACGUCGACAAGGCAUCCAGAUUCAAGUCUGUUUUUGUUACCAGAAGAACAAGGGCACAGGUCUCUACAGCCAUCGUCUCGUCUCACGCCCGGAGAGACCAGAUCGUUCGGCUAUGUUCACAAUCGGGCAUCCCAGCCGAGCACUCCGCAAAGUUAUCAACAGAGUAAUGCCCGAACCAUCGGAUUGCCCGACUUUGGCAACUACGAUCUCAAAAGAAUCUCAUCAUCUCAAGACCAUAACUCUAUGAUGGCGACAAGCCUUUCUCCAUGUGAAGAGAUCAAGUUGAAACGAAUAUCUAGCCUUCAAAACAGUAAUUCAUCUCACUCUUCUAGCACAAGAAGCUCAAGCAUCAAGCAACCCCAGAGAAUAUCAAGCUCUCAUGACGCACGCACCACGUUGCCAUCGUAUUUACCGUGGCAAGUCUCUUACCGCCGAAUCAAAUCCGAGGAGGGAGAGAUGGCGAUUGAUUCUAUGCCCAUACACUCGCCGCAAAUUAUCGGAGCGCAGUUGCCCUCGAGCUUGAACAGAGUCCAGUCAAGGGAUACGAUGUUGGGCGAUCGAUACCAUGAGUACAACUUCAAUGCUGCCAUUGACUCUUCUGAUCCAUUUUCACUAGACGGAUCGAGUAUCACGACGAGAUCUACAUUGCUGAGCUUCUCGGGAGAUAGGGCUGGUCUGAAUCACGGCUUAGACGGUAUACAGGGGUUCGAUGAUAGCGAGGAUAGCAUGAUUCUCUGA